UUUAAAUUGGAGAUGGAAGAUGGUAGUAUUUACCUUCUAGCCGCCAGUAAUGAGGCACGGCGAGAUGAGUGGAUUUCAGCACUUACCAACUGCUGCAUAAGCAGUAAGUGCAGUGAGAAUAGCAGUCUGACGGAUAUCUCAAGUGGGGAGAACUUGGGUGUGCUACAGCCCUGUGAGGCGUGUAGGAGUAUGGUCGUCUCCACCAUCUCUACCGGGCCCUCGUUGGCCCCGCAUGUGGGUGCCAAUAGCAGUACAUUCAGAGGUAUCAACGGUAUCGCGCAUGGCACUGAACUUGACCGGCUGGUAGGCCUGACCUGCUCACUCAUCAAGAACACCAUCGAAUUCCGCAUCCGGAGAGGCGAGGCAAUUCGAUUGUGGUUUCUCAGCGGUGUGGUGUACAGAUCAGUAAUCCUGGUACAGAGAACGAGCGGAUUGAUGCUCGCGAUGGCAACAGCGGAGAGGCAGUAG